AGGGCUCGCAGGGGCGUGUCCGCAGGUGAGGUGCUCCGGCUGAUCGCACAGGGAAGUGAACAGUCCAAAAUCUCACAUUGGACGUCAUUUUAUUUUUAUAAACUGGCAGAUGUGGUUCUGUUAACAGAGAGGAAUGACCACACUGACCAAGAGGAACCGGCGCCCGGAGGCUCCAGCGGAGCGAUGGAGUAACGCUGAGGACACGGAGGACAAGACAGACGGCACCGAUGAGGAACAAGACAACGACUCCAAAUCACUGAGACUCACACUGAUGGAGGAGAUUCUGCUGCUGGGACUCAAAGACAAAGAGGGCUACACGUCCUUCUGGAACGACAGCAUCUCGUCGGGUCUGCGCGGCUGUGUUCUGGUGGAGCUGGCGCUGAGAGGACGGGUUCAGCUGGAGCCGCAGAGCUCACGCAAGAGAAAACUACUGGACCGCAAGGUGUUGGUGAAGUCCACUGCUCCCACAGGUGAUGUGCUGCUGGAUGAAGCGCUGAAACACAUUAAAAACACAGAACCACCGGAGGAUGUGUCCAGCUGGAUAGAGCUACUGACAGGCGAGACGUGGAACCCUCUGAAGCUUCACUUCCAGAUGAGGAACGUGCGCGAGCGGCUAGCCAAGAGUCUGGUGGAGAAGGGCGUCCUGAGCACGGAGAAGCAGAACUUCCUCCUGUUCGACAUGACCACGCACCCGCUGACGGACAGCAGCGAGAAGGAGCGUCUGCUGCGGCGCGUCCAGGACAGUCUGCUGGAGCGCUGGACCAACGACUGGCGCCGCAUGAGCCGCCGCGGCCUGGCGCUAAUCCUGCUAGCGCACGCCGCCGACGUGCUGGAGUCGGCCCUGAGCUCGCUGAACGACGAGCGCUACGACACGGCCUGCUCACGCUCCCGCGGCCUGCUGGAGGCCGACCCCGACCUGGAGAGCGCCAGGGUCACGACCCCCGCCGAGGAGGUCAUCUGGGCCGUGCUGGCCGCCUUCAACAGGUCCUGAGAGCCCUUCACGGACGGCAUCUCGCUCACUACACAGACAGCAGGGCACACGGCUUCGAUUCUGUUCACACUGUUUUGGCUGUAAAGAGGUUUAGUCGCCUAUUUAAUUCAUAUAUAAUUAGAUUUUAUUGAUUUUAUUUCAACUGCUAAAAAUAUUUUAUUUACAAAAAAAACAUCUUAAUUUUUAUUUAAUUUAAUCUAAAUUUCAGUUACUAGCCAAUAUAAUUUUUCAUAAUUUAUUUUAACAGUAAUUUUAAUUUUAAAUUUGAUCACUUCUCCAUUUAAUUUUAGUUGUUUCCCGAGGCAUCAUUUCUAAUUUUUUUUUAGUUAUCAAUAACAAAAUUGAAGUGUACUUAAUUGACUAAAAUUAACAUUUUGUAAAACUAUAAUGUACAUCAAAAAUCCUAAAAGCUAAAAAUGUAUAAAACUAAACAAAAUAUAAAAUAAAAAUGCCAAUAAAAACUAAAAUUAAAAAAUAUGAAUGAUACUAAAAUAACACUGGUUAUAAUUAUAUUAGGCAAUGCUUUUAUUCCAAAUACCCUUCACAAGUGUGACGCCUUGAACUGCUGUCUAGUUAGGGAGCGUGUGAUAACAGGGCUCGUCUCCGGUUGGUCAGCCGACGCGUCACAUGACCUCACCGCUUCAUCAUGUGACCCUCUUCUUCAUGAUGUCAGCGCUCAGUAAACCACACCCAAUAACACCCCUUUAUUAAAAUUAAUUUGUGAAGAUCCGGAUCGGUGAAGAACUCCAGGCCUCGCUUCGACUCUAUUCAUGAUUUUAAUGAACUUUCAUGUAGAAGAGUUUUAUGGUCGGUAAAAGAUAUAAUGCGUGGAGAUAUAUAUAUUAUAUAAAUAUAUGUGUGUGUGUGUGUGUGUGUCAUCCAAAAUCAAGGUAUUUGUUUACAUAAUGCACACACACACACACACACAAAUAAACAUAUGCAUGUAAUACGAAAA